GAGACCAUGACAAUUCUAUCGAAGAAGAAGUCGAACGCGCCGAAAGACAGGUCGCGCGAGACAGGCGCUAAUCCUGAAGUUGAUGUUCAUCACGGCGUAGUGCAAAACGAGCACAAUUCUGGCAACAUUGCGCUACCGAACAGUCCUUAUCAGGUUCGCGGUGCCAGCGGUUUCGCCGUCGAUCUGCACGGAGUUCAAGCUGAUCAUGGAUCCCAUAAUGGUCCGAUAGUGUUGACCAGCAACUCGUAUGAGGCAAAUGUAGACCGUCGUGAAGAUAAACACUUUGAAGAUGGAAGUGGCCCGAGCCAUGGUAAACGUCACAGACAGAGAGCCAGUCCUCACAGCUGUAUCGGCAGAUCUUCGCGUGCAAAACGUGAUCGAGAAAGGGACAGAGGUAGGGAAAGGGAGAGAGAAAGAGAACGCGAAAGGCAAGCUACUCCACCUGCUGCUUCUUGCAACGGUUCACAAGCCUUGAACUUGAUUUAUUCAGGUACAGAUUCUAGCGUAAACGGGAGAGUGAGCAUUGUUGGAAAUGCUUCAAAUUUAGAUGAACUGGCAAAUGGCUACAACAGCGGUGAUGAAUAUACAGGACGUACUGAGAAUAAUCUUACAUUAGUGGAGUGGCAGGAAAGAGAUAGGUGGUUUGAGAAGCGCCUCAAGAAAAAGGGCCUUAUGAUAAAGAAAAUGGCGGAAGAUGGAGCUUGCUUGUUUAGAGCAGUAGCGGAUCAGGUUUAUGGAGAUCAAGAGAUGCAUGGAAUUGUACGAAAGCACUGCAUGGAUUAUAUCUCUUCCAAUCAGGAGUUCUUCUCACAUUUUGUAGCAGAAGAUUUCAGCACCUAUGUAGACAGGAAAAGACAAGAAUACGUUCAUGGAAAUCAUAUAGAAAUGCAAGCUAUGUCAGAAAUGUACAAUCGUAGCGUACAAUUGUACUGUUACAGUACUGAACCUAUCAAUAUCUUCCAUACUAUGGUGCAAAGUGAUAAUGAACCAAUCAGAUUGUCGUAUCAACGUGGCAGCCAUUACAAUAGCAUAGUUGAUCCGUUCAAAGCCACUAUAGGUGUUGGUCUUGGCUUACCAUCAUAUAAUCCUGGUGCUGCUGAUCGCGCUCUCAUAUCGGACGCAGUUCGUCAGAGCGAGGAAUUACAAAUUGAACAGACAAUGUUGGAGGAUAAAAUAAAAGCCACUGAUUGGGAAGCGACUAAUGAAGCUAUCGAAGAACAAGUGGCUAGGGAAAGCUACUUACAAUGGUUGCGCGAUAACGAAAUGCGUAAAGCACGUUCAGCCAGUAGUAGCAGUACGAGCACAGUUACGAGCGCGCAACAUAAUCAUUCACACUUUCAUUCACAUGGAGGUCGUGGACAGCAGCGUAGCCAUACCUCUUCUCCGACCACGACACAAACUAGCCAAGAUAAUUUACGUAAUUCCCCAAAGGUCAGCGAUGCGGUACGAUACAGCAAAAGAUCACCGCAACAUCAGUCGACUCAAGGUUCUAGCAUAUCGCAUUUAUCAUCGGAUUUUGAAGUGAAGAUGAUGUCGCAGGAACCUGUACCGGGCAGUAGCAAAGAGGCGAAUGCAUCACCCGACAUUUCAUUGUUCAAUCGCCUUCCUCCUGAAGUAUUCGGUCUGACAGAUUGGGAAGAUAGCCAUAUACUUUCACAGGUGUUGGCGACUUCGCAACAAGAAUAUUUGGAUAGCCUGAAGCAGUCACGCGUAUCCGCCGGAAGCGAUGGCGCCAAUACGAUAGAAUCUAGUAACAGUGCUAUUAACAAUUCUUGAAAUGCAGUCGAUAACGACAAAGUUCAAAAAAUAUCAGAGUAUAAAUAUAUAUUACAUUUAUAUAUUGCAGUAUCAUCUAAUCCCGUAUUGUGCUAGGGCUUAAGGUGAUUUGCUUUCUUAUCCUCAAGUAAAUGUUGCAAUAAUCUA